AAACAAUUGAUUUCUCCAAUGAACAACUGAGACUCUUCAUCGCCAUCGCAAUACACUUCUACUCGGACGGAAAUUGAGAAGAAGAAGAAAAAGAAGAGAAGAGGGAGGAGGGGAAACAGCGGACGACGAUGACUUGGAGGCCGAGCCAAGGAGGUGACUUGAAGACGGAGAAGAGGCAGCGACCUGGCUUUGGAAGUGGAGACAUGAAGAUGGCCAGAUGCGAAUUGCGGUAUUUACAGGGGACACUUGAUCAUGGUUUAUGGCUUCGCCCAACCACGCGAGCUACUUGCGUUGUUGCAUACUCCGAUGCUGACUGGGCAGGUUGUCCUGACACUUCCCGUUCCACAACAGGCUUCGCGGUAUUUUUGGGACCUAAUCUUGUAUCGUGGAAAUCAAAGAAACAGCCCACCGUUUCCAAGUCCUCUACUGAAGCUGAAUAUAGAGGUGUUGCCUACACAAUCCAAGACACUCUGCAUAUCCGAUCAGUUUUAUUUGAGCUUGGGUUUCCAGUCACAACUCCUAUUCAGCUAUUUUGUGACAACAUCUCCGGUUCCUACUUGACUGCUAAUCUUGUUCAACAUGCUCGCAGGAAGCAUAUUCAGAUUGACUAUCAUUUUGUUAGAGAACGCGUGGCUCAUGGAGAUCUGAUUGUCAAGUACAUUCCUACACAGUUACAGUUGGCUGACAUUUUUACUAAAAGUCUCUCCAGUCAGCAGUUUCAUUUUUUGAAAGAUAACAUGCACGUUGUUUCUCCCACACAGUUUGAGGGGGUGUAAUAGAAUAUAUUUUAGGAUAUUUGUUUCCUAAAAUAUAUGUAGACAUAUUUGUUUCCUUUUUUAAUCAGAACUCUUCUACUAUUAAUUAAUACACAUGUCAGGACUCCUAUUGGAGUACCUUUUCCCAUUAUUCUCACAUUAUGUGCCUAUUGGCCUCUUAUUGUACUC